GACAACGUCUUUACAAACUCCUCCGGGAGUAGGCGCCUGCAAGGUGUUCCACAGAUGUUGAUCCUGCUAAAUGGUGGAAGUUCUUUUGACAAUGUAGAUGCCCCAGCCUCUGCUCUCAAACAGCAGGGCAUCUUUGCCAUUGGCAUUGGAACAAGGAACUCUGACAGUAGAGAGCUGCAGAAGAUAUCAUAUGACCCUAGUUACGCUCUAUCAGUGUCUGACUUCACUGACCUCCCCAGUGUCCAAGAACAGCUCUCCUCUGUAAUGAGCACAGUGCUAGUGAGGGCCACGCCCAUGACACCAACAGUAACUGUGGACAGAAAGGCACCAGGAAGGGAUGUUGUGUUCUUGUUGGAUGGAUCUGAUAGUACUAGAACUGGAUUCCCAGCUAUGCGAGACUUUGUCCAAAGAGUAGUAGAGACACUCAGUGUGGAUGACAACAAGGACCGUGUCUCAGUGGUUCAGUACAGCAGAGAUCCAGCUGUCCAGUUCUAUCUGAACACGUACAGCACAAAGGGCGAGGUCCUUGACACUGUUAAAGGUUUGAGGCACAAAGGCGGAAGACCCCUCAACACUGGAGCAGCUCUCCAGUUCGUGAGGGAUAAUGUCUUCACGGCCUCUGCCGGAAGCAGGCGCCUGGAAGGAGUCCCACAGGUGCUGAUAUUGUUAAGUGGUGGAAGGUCUUUUGACAGUGUUGAUGAACCAGCUUCUGCUCUCAAACAGCUGGGAGUCUUGACCUUUGCAAUCGGAACCAGGAGCUCUGAUAGCAAAGAACUGCAGAAGAUAUCCUACGACCCCAGUUAUGCUCUAUCUGUGUCUGAAUUCACUGACCUUCCCAGUGUCCAACAACAACUUCAGUCUUCCGUGGAAGCUGUGGUUGUUGACGUCACCCCAGAGUCACCAACUGUACCUGUUGACACUGCCAAAAAGGAUAUCGUAUUCCUUCUGGAUGGUUCCGAUGGCACAAGGAAUGGCUUCCCUGCCAUGCGUGAUUUUGUUGAGAGAGUGGUGGAGAAACUCAAUGUGGGACAAAACAAAGACCGUGUCUCUGUGGUCCAGUACAGCAGAGAUGCAGAGGUCCAUUUCUAUCUGAACACGUACACAACCAGAGAGGAUAUUGUGGAUUCGGUCAGAGGGCUGAAACACAAAGGAGGCAGACCCCUCAACACCGGGGCAGCCCUCCGGUACGUCAGGGACAACGUCUUUACAAACUCCUCCGGGAGUAGGCGCCUGCAAGGUGUUCCACAGAUGUUGAUCCUGCUAAAUGGUGGAAGUUCUUUUGACAAUGUAGAUGCCCCAGCCUCUGCUCUCAAACAGCAGGGCAUCUUUGCCAUUGGCAUUGGAACAAGGAACUCUGACAGUAGAGAGCUGCAGAAGAUAUCAUAUGACCCUAGUUACGCUCUAUCAGUGUCUGACUUCACUGACCUCCCCAGUGUCCAAGAACAGCUCUCCUCUGUAAUGAGCACAGUGCUAGUGAGGGCCACGCCCAUGACACCAACAGUAACUGUGGACAGAAAGGCACCAGGAAGGGAUGUUGUGUUCUUGUUGGAUGGAUCUGAUAGUACUAGAACUGGAUUCCCAGCUAUGCGAGACUUUGUCCAAAGAGUAGUAGAGACACUCAGUGUGGAUGACAACAAGGACCGUGUCUCAGUGGUUCAGUACAGCAGAGAUCCAGCUGUCCAGUUCUAUCUGAACACGUACAGCACAAAGGGCGAGGUCCUUGACACUGUUAAAGGUUUGAGGCACAAAGGCGGAAGACCCCUCAACACUGGAGCAGCUCUCCAGUUCGUGAGGGAUAAUGUCUUCACGGCCUCUGCCGGAAGCAGGCGCCUGGAAGGAGUCCCACAGGUGCUGAUAUUGUUAAGUGGUGGAAGGUCUUUUGACAGUGUUGAUGAACCAGCUUCUGCUCUCAAACAGCUGGGAGUCUUGACCUUUGCAAUCGGAACCAGGAGCUCUGAUAGCAAAGAACUGCAGAAGAUAUCCUACGACCCCAGUUAUGCUCUAUCUGUGUCUGAAUUCACUGACCUUCCCAGUGUCCAACAACAACUUCAGUCUUCCGUGGAAGCUGUGGUUGUUGACGUCACCCCAGAGUCACCAACUGUACCUGUUGACACUGCCAAAAAGGAUAUCGUAUUCCUUCUGGAUGGUUCCGAUGGCACAAGGAAUGGCUUCCCUGCCAUGCGUGAUUUUGUUGAGAGAGUGGUGGAGAAACUCAAUGUGGGACAAAACAAAGACCGUGUCUCUGUGGUCCAGUACAGCAGAGAUGCAGAGGUCCAUUUCUAUCUGAACACGUACACCACCAGAGAGGAUAUUGUGGAUUCGGUCAGAGGGCUGAAACACAAAGGAGGCAGACCCCUCAACACCGGGGCAGCCCUCCAGUACGUCAGGGACAAUGUCUUUACAAACUCCUCCGGGAGUAGGCGCCUGCAAGGUGUUCCACAGAUGUUGAUCCUGCUAAAUGGUGGAAGUUCUUUUGACAAUGUAGAUGCCCCAGCCUCUGCUCUCAAACAGCAGGGCAUCUUUGCCAUUGGCAUUGGAACAAGGAACUCUGACAGUAGAGAGCUGCAGAAGAUAUCAUAUGACCCUAGUUACGCUCUAUCAGUGUCUGACUUCACUGACCUCCCCAGUGUCCAAGAACAGCUCUCCUCUGUAAUGAGCACAGUGCAAGUGAGGGCCACGCCCAUGACACCAACAGUAACUGUGGACAGAAAGGCACCAGGAAGGGAUGUUGUGUUCUUGUUGGAUGGAUCUGAUAGUACUAGAACUGGAUUCCCAGCUAUGCGAGACUUUGUCCAAAGAGUAGUAGAGACACUCAGUGUGGAUGACAACAAGGACCGUGUCUCAGUGGUUCAGUACAGCAGAGAUCCAGCUGUCCAGUUCUAUCUGAACACGUACAGCACAAAGGGCGAGGUCCUUGACACUGUUAAAGGUUUGAGGCACAAAGGCGGAAGACCCCUCAACACUGGAGCAGCUCUCCAGUUCGUGAGGGAUAAUGUCUUCACGGCCUCUGCCGGAAGCAGGCGCCUGGAAGGAGUCCCACAGGUGCUGAUAUUGUUAAGUGGUGGAAGGUCUUUUGACAGUGUUGAUGAACCAGCUUCUGCUCUCAAACAGCUGGGAGUCUUGACCUUUGCAAUCGGAACCAGGAGCUCUGAUAGCAAAGAACUGCAGAAGAUAUCCUACGACCCCAGUUAUGCUCUAUCUGUGUCUGAAUUCACUGACCUUCCCAGUGUCCAACAACAACUUCAGUCUUCCGUGGAAGCUGUGGUUGUUGACGUCACCCCAGAGUCACCAACUGUACCUGUUGACACUGCCAAAAAGGAUAUCGUAUUCCUUCUGGAUGGUUCCGAUGGCACAAGGAAUGGCUUCCCUGCCAUGCGUGAUUUUGUUGAGAGAGUGGUGGAGAAACUCAAUGUGGGACAAAACAAAGACCGUGUCUCUGUGGUCCAGUACAGCAGAGAUGCAGAGGUCCAUUUCUAUCUGAACACGUACACCACCAGAGAGGAUAUUGUGGAUUCGGUCAGAGGGCUGAAACACAAAGGAGGCAGACCCCUCAACACCGGGGCAGCCCUCCAGUACGUCAGGGACAACGUCUUUACAAACUCCUCCGGGAGUAGGCGCCUGCAAGGUGUUCCACAGAUGUUGAUCCUGCUAAAUGGUGGAAGUUCUUUUGACAAUGUAGAUGCCCCAGCCUCUGCUCUCAAACAGCAGGGCAUCUUUGCCAUUGGCAUUGGAACAAGGAACUCUGACAGUAGAGAGCUGCAGAAGAUAUCAUAUGACCCUAGUUACGCUCUAUCAGUGUCUGACUUCACUGACCUCCCCAGUGUCCAAGAACAGCUCUCCUCUGUAAUGAGCACAGUGCUAGUGAGGGCCACGCCCAUGACACCAACAGUAACUGUGGACAGAAAGGCACCAGGAAGGGAUGUUGUGUUCUUGUUGGAUGGAUCUGAUAGUACUAGAACUGGAUUCCCAGCUAUGCGAGACUUUGUCCAAAGAGUAGUAGAGACACUCAGUGUGGAUGACAACAAGGACCGUGUCUCAGUGGUUCAGUACAGCAGAGAUCCAGCUGUCCAGUUCUAUCUGAACACGUACAGCACAAAGGGCGAGGUCCUUGACACUGUUAAAGGUUUGAGGCACAAAGGCGGAAGACCCCUCAACACUGGAGCAGCUCUCCAGUUCGUGAGGGAUAAUGUCUUCACGGCCUCUGCCGGAAGCAGGCGCCUGGAAGGAGUCCCACAGGUGCUGAUAUUGUUAAGUGGUGGAAGGUCUUUUGACAGUGUUGAUGAACCAGCUUCUGCUCUCAAACAGCUGGGAGUCUUGACCUUUGCAAUCGGAACCAGGAGCUCUGAUAGCAAAGAACUGCAGAAGAUAUCCUACGACCCCAGUUAUGCUCUAUCUGUGUCUGAAUUCACUGACCUUCCCAGUGUCCAACAACAACUUCAGUCUUCCGUGGAAGCUGUGGUUGUUGACGUCACCCCAGAGUCACCAACUGUACCUGUUGACACUGCCAAAAAGGAUAUCGUAUUCCUUCUGGAUGGUUCCGAUGGCACAAGGAAUGGCUUCCCUGCCAUGCGUGAUUUUGUUGAGAGAGUGGUGGAGAAACUCAAUGUGGGACAAAACAAAGACCGUGUCUCUGUGGUCCAGUACAGCAGAGAUGCAGAGGUCCAUUUCUAUCUGAACACGUACACCACCAGAGAGGAUAUUGUGGAUUCGGUCAGAGGGCUCAAACACAAAGGAGGCAGACCCCUCAACACCGGGGCAGCCCUCCAGUACGUCAGGGACAACGUCUUUACAAACUCCUCCGGGAGUAGGCGCCUGCAAGGUGUUCCACAGAUGUUGAUCCUGCUAAAUGGUGGAAGUUCUUUUGACAAUGUAGAUGCCCCAGCCUCUGCUCUCAAACAGCAGGGCAUCUUUGCCAUUGGCAUUGGAACAAGGAACUCUGACAGUAGAGAGCUGCAGAAGAUAUCAUAUGACCCUAGUUACGCUCUAUCAGUGUCUGACUUCACUGACCUCCCCAGUGUCCAAGAACAGCUCUCCUCUGUAAUGAGCACAGUGCUAGUGAGGGCCACGCCCAUGACACCAACAGUAACUGUGGACAGAAAGGCACCAGGAAGGGAUGUUGUGUUCUUGUUGGAUGGAUCUGAUAGUACUAGAACUGGAUUCCCAGCUAUGCGAGACUUUGUCCAAAGAGUAGUAGAGACACUCAGUGUGGAUGACAACAAGGACCGUGUCUCAGUGGUUCAGUACAGCAGAGAUCCAGCUGUCCAGUUCUAUCUGAACACGUACAGCACAAAGGGCGAGGUCCUUGACACUGUUAAAGGUUUGAGGCACAAAGGCGGAAGACCCCUCAACACUGGAGCAGCUCUCCAGUUCGUGAGGGAUAAUGUAUUCACGGCCUCUGCCGGAAGCAGGCGCCUGGAAGGAGUCCCACAGGUGCUGAUAUUGUUAAGUGGUGGAAGGUCAUUUGACAGUGUUGAUGAACCAGCUUCUGCUCUCAAACAGCUGGGAGUCUUGACCUUUGCAAUCGGAACCAGGAGCUCUGAUAGCAAAGAACUGCAGAAGAUAUCCUACGACCCCAGUUAUGCUCUAUCUGUGUCUGAAUUCACUGACCUUCCCAGUGUCCAACAACAACUUCAGUCUUCCGUGGAAGCUGUGGUUGUUGACGUCACCCCAGAGUCACCAACUGUACCUGUUGACACUGCCAAAAAGGAUAUCGUAUUCCUUCUGGAUGGUUCCGAUGGCACAAGGAAUGGCUUCCCUGCCAUGCGUGAUUUUGUUGAGAGAGUGGUGGAGAAACUCAAUGUGGGACAAAACAAAGACCGUGUCUCUGUGGUCCAGUACAGCAGAGAUGCAGAGGUCCAUUUCUAUCUGAACACGUACACCACCAGAGAGGAUAUUGUGGAUUCGGUCAGAGGGCUGAAACACAAUGGAGGCAGACCCCUCAACACCGGGGCAGCCCUCCAGUACGUCAGGGACAACGUCUUUACAAACUCCUCCGGGAGUAGGCGCCUGCAAGGUGUUCCACAGAUGUUGAUCCUGCUAAAUGGUGGAAGUUCUUUUGACAAUGUAGAUGCCCCAGCCUCUGCUCUCAAACAGCAGGGCAUCUUUGCCAUUGGCAUUGGAACAAGGAACUCUGACAGUAGAGAGCUGCAGAAGAUAUCAUAUGACCCUAGUUACGCUCUAUCAGUGUCUGACUUCACUGACCUCCCCAGUGUCCAAGAACAGCUCUCCUCUGUAAUGAGCACAGUGCUAGUGAGGGCCACGCCCAUGACACCAACAGUAACUGUGGACAGAAAGGCACCAGGAAGGGAUGUUGUGUUCUUGUUGGAUGGAUCUGAUAGUACUAGAACUGGAUUCCCAGCUAUGCGAGACUUUGUCCAAAGAGUAGUAGAGACACUCAGUGUGGAUGACAACAAGGACCGUGUCUCAGUGGUUCAGUACAGCAGAGAUCCAGCUGUCCAGUUCUAUCUGAACACGUACAGCACAAAGGGCGAGGUCCUUGACACUGUUAAAGGUUUGAGGCACAAAGGCGGAAGACCCCUCAACACUGGAGCAGCUCUCCAGUUCGUGAGGGAUAAUGUCUUCACGGCCUCUGCCGGAAGCAGGCGCCUGGAAGGAGUCCCACAGGUGCUGAUAUUGUUAAGUGGUGGAAGGUCUUUUGACAGUGUUGAUGAACCAGCUUCUGCUCUCAAACAGCUGGGAGUCUUGACCUUUGCAAUCGGAACCAGGAGCUCUGAUAGCAAAGAACUGCAGAAGAUAUCCUACGACCCCAGUUAUGCUCUAUCUGUGUCUGAAUUCACUGACCUUCCCAGUGUCCAACAACAACUUCAGUCUUCCGUGGAAGCUGUGGUUGUUGACGUCACCCCAGAGUCACCAACUGUACCUGUUGACACUGCCAAAAAGGAUAUCGUAUUCCUUCUGGAUGGUUCCGAUGGCACAAGGAAUGGCUUCCCUGCCAUGCGUGAUUUUGUUGAGAGAGUGGUGGAGAAACUCAAUGUGGGACAAAACAAAGACCGUGUCUCUGUGGUCCAGUACAGCAGAGAUGCAGAGGUCCAUUUCUAUCUGAACACGUACACCACCAGAGAGGAUAUUGUGGAUUCGGUCAGAGGGCUGAAACACAAAGGAGGCAGACCCCUCAACACCGGGGCAGCCCUCCAGUACGUCAGGGACAACGUCUUUACAAACUCCUCCGGGAGUAGGCGCCUGCAAGGUGUUCCACAGAUGUUGAUCCUGCUAAAUGGUGGAAGUUCUUUUGACAAUGUAGAUGCCCCAGCCUCUGCUCUCAAACAGCAGGGCAUCUUUGCCAUUGGCAUUGGAACAAGGAACUCUGACAGUAGAGAGCUGCAGAAGAUAUCAUAUGACCCUAGUUACGCUCUAUCAGUGUCUGACUUCACUGACCUCCCCAGUGUCCAAGAACAGCUCUCCUCUGUAAUGAGCACAGUGCUAGUGAGGGCCACGCCCAUGACACCAACAGUAACUGUGGACAGAAAGGCACCAGGAAGGGAUGUUGUGUUCUUGUUGGAUGGAUCUGAUAGUACUAGAACUGGAUUCCCAGCUAUGCGAGACUUUGUCCAAAGAGUAGUAGAGACACUCAGUGUGGAUGACAACAAGGACCGUGUCUCAGUGGUUCAGUACAGCAGAGAUCCAGCUGUCCAGUUCUAUCUGAACACGUACAGCACAAAGGGCGAGGUCCUUGACACUGUUAAAGGUUUGAGGCACAAAGGCGGAAGACCCCUAAACACUGGAGCAGCUCUCCAGUUCGUGAGGGAUAAUGUCUUCACGGCCUCUGCCGGAAGCAGGCGCCUGGAAGGAGUCCCACAGGUGCUGAUAUUGUUAAGUGGUGGAAGGUCAUUUGACAGUGUUGAUGAACCAGCUUCUGCUCUCAAACAGCUGGGAGUCUUGACCUUUGCAAUCGGAACCAGGAGCUCUGAUAGCAAAGAACUGCAGAAGAUAUCCUACGACCCCAGUUAUGCUCUAUCUGUGUCUGAAUUCACUGACCUUCCCAGUGUCCAACAACAACUUCAGUCUUCCGUGGAAGCUGUGGUUGUUGACGUCACCCCAGAGUCACCAACUGUACCUGUUGACACUGCCAAAAAGGAUAUCGUAUUCCUUCUGGAUGGUUCCGAUGGCACAAGGAAUGGCUUCCCUGCCAUGCGUGAUUUUGUUGAGAGAGUGGUGGAGAAACUCAAUGUGGGACAAAACAAAGACCGUGUCUCUGUGGUCCAGUACAGCAGAGAUGCAGAGGUCCAUUUCUAUCUGAACACGUACACCACCAGAGAGGAUAUUGUGGAUUCGGUCAGAGGGCUGAAACACAAUGGAGGCAGACCCCUCAACACCGGGGCAGCCCUCCAGUACGUCAGGGACAACGUCUUUACAAACUCCUCCGGGAGUAGGCGCCUGCAAGGUGUUCCACAGAUGUUGAUCCUGCUAAAUGGUGGAAGUUCUUUUGACAAUGUAGAUGCCCCAGCCUCUGCUCUCAAACAGCAGGGCAUCUUUGCCAUUGGCAUUGGAACAAGGAACUCUGACAGUAGAGAGCUGCAGAAGAUAUCAUAUGACCCUAGUUACGCUCUAUCAGUGUCUGACUUCACUGACCUCCCCAGUGUCCAAGAACAGCUCUCCUCUGUAAUGAGCACAGUGCUAGUGAGGGCCACGCCCAUGACACCAACAGUAACUGGUAAGAAAGUGACCCAUUUUUCCAUCCCACGAUCAUGGUGGGACGCAAACUGAAGUGUAAUAAAUUGUAUUUUUACUGAGUUUGAGUCUGCCAGUGCCACUUAGGAGAAAAUAAUUUG